UGAUCAGUUAUUAAUCCGAUGAUAUACAACCCAUAUUUUAUUAAUUUUCUGCUUAGUAUCAAACUGUGUCUUCUUAAUCUCAGAGGUAUCCUAUGUAUCCCCAUUGUAUCCUCCGUAUCCCGGAUGUAUCCUCCGUAUCCCCGAUGUAUCCUCCGUAUCCUGUGUAUCCCGACCGUAUCCUGUGUAUCCCGACCGUAUCCGGGAUAGACGGAAUCCGCUUUUUCCCCCUUGCGUAUACGUCAGCGUAUACGAUCGAAAUAUAAUCGUACACGGCCGUAUAUGAUCGUUUCGCAGAAAUAGAAGAUCCACAUAUAUCCCAGAUUAAGCAUUACGACGCCUAGAUACGACCGUGUACGAUGCCGUAUUUACGCCGUAUUUCUAUGCACCAUAUUACGGCCGUAAAUCGCCGUGCCGUAAACGGCGACACACGGUUGCAGUAUACGACACGGAAACGUGGUAAAACAAGCCAGCUCGUGGUCGCCUUUUUCAGGAGGGUCUAUCUAGGGUCCCUCAAGUCCUAUUUUCAAAAAAAAAUUUUUUUUUGAAAAUAGGACUCGAGGACUCUAAGGAUUAUGGGAAGUACUUACCUAACGGCAAAGUUGAUGGUGUGAUAAUGACCUCAACGACUUUCCGAUACAUAUAUACACAUCUGUGGGACAGAACAAAUCGGUGAAUGAAUAGUGACUUUAUCUCAAAUCUGAUUGGUCGAAAAAUGUACCAAUCAGAUUUCAGGAGGGCCUGUCUCUCUUAUUAGACGGGCAACACUUAGUCAUGUUCGGGCCGAUCCUGGGGUUAUCGAGAACGCCCUAUCGAAUGAGGGGUAUAUGUAUGGGUCUCCUCCUUGCUCUUCACUGAGAAAGAGAAUCUCGCCAUUUGAUUGGUCGAAAAAUGGACCAAUCAGAUUUCAGGAGGGCCUGUCUCUCUUAUUAGACGGGCAACACAUAGUCAUGUUCGGGCCGAUCCUAGGGUUAUUGAGGACGCUGUUUUGAAUGAGGAUUAUAUGUGUUGGUGUCCAGCUUUUAUAUAGCUGAGAAAUAUCAUCUCGAAAUCUGAUUGGUCAGUUGAAAUGGCCGGAUUAUCGCUUAGAGCCGGUGUAAUUUAUCGGCGGCCGUAAACGGUGGGUUUUUACGCUAGUCGUUAACGUCAACUUUUACCGAUCAUUGUUUACGAUGAGCGUAUUACAGCGUAAAGCAUCGUUUACGAUUGCCGUAAAUGGCUAACGCGAACAGUUGCCGUUAUUCGCCGUAUAUGGUUGGUACACGGCCGUGUACGACUGAGGAGGAUUGACCUGGGCUGUUAUUAGCCAGCAAACGAGUAGGUCUAUUUCUUAGUAUUAAUGCGGACAUUUUUUUCUGUAAAUACCAGAAUUGAAUCUUUUCCGUUACGGUUUCGUCGGGUGCAGCUGCUUUUAAUAUAUUGAUGAGAUUUUUAAACAGAAAUUUCAAUGUAUCUUCUUUAGUUCGAUGCUAUUUAUUCAUGUGAUUUUUUGCGUGUUCUCUUUGUACCACGCUUAAAAAAUAGAAUUUGAUGCUAGACAGGAUAGCCGAUAGAUAACUUUUUGAUCAAAAAAAUUGAAUCGGCUAAUUCUGUUGUUGAUGAUAGUUUGUUCCAAGUUGCUACUAAUAAACAAACAUGUUACCGAAAGUUCGAUGGCUUUCAUGGUUUUAUUCAAAUUUCAUUGCAAUUUCUGAUGUAUCACCAGCUUCUCUAACCUCUGCAAGAUGUCAUUGGAUUUUCUAGAAGUUCUUUUGCAGAAAAUUUCCAAAAGAAAAAUUCUGAUUGUCUUGUUUUUCUUACGAAUAAAAACUUGUAACAAUGACAAAAAAUCAGCUCAUUUGAUUGAGACAAUGUGGAAAUAUUAAAAUGUUUUAUUGUAAAGUUACUUAUUAGUCACCCUGUAUGUGGUAUGAUGUUUUUGAUUUCUAGCCUGUCCAGAACCAUCAUCAUUAAUAACUUUUGAUGAUAUAACAAAUGUAACGAACACAUCAGGAGUCCCAGUACCAAACGGCUACGGUGGUUUGAAUUGGGAAAAUGUUCUGGUUUUGAAUGGUUUAAACGAUAGUAAUCCUGGCACUGGCUAUAAAACGGGUGUUGUCAGUCCCCCAUAUCUUGCCUUUGAUGGAUUUGGUAGUCCUAUGGCUAUCACACGUGCAGCUACAGACACAUUUACAAUAAAUUCAUUCUAUUCAUGCGCAGCUUGGUAUGAUAACAUUACAUUGGAAAUAACUGGUACAAGAGCAGGCACCACUUUGUAUACAAAAGCAGUAUCACUAUUUACACAAUCCAGAACCUUUAUUGAACUCAACUGGUCUGACAUUGAUACCAUAAAUUUAAAUUCGGUUUGCGAUUGGUGUUGUGACGCAAAACAUUUUACAAUGGAUAAUUUGUGUGUCACAUUCUAA